AUGGCGGCGGGGGUGGCAGCGUGGCUGCCUUUUGCAAGAGCAGCGGCCAUCGGGUGGAUGCCUGUGGCCUCGGGGCCUAUGCCGGCUCCCCCAAGGCAGGAGAGGAAAAGGACCCAAGAUGCUCUCAUUGUGCUGAAUGUGAGUGGCACCCGCUUCCAGACGUGGCAGGACACCCUGGAACGUUACCCAGACACUCUACUGGGCAGUUCUGAGAGGGACUUUUUCUACCACCCAGAAACUCAGCAGUAUUUCUUUGACCGUGACCCAGACAUCUUCCGCCACAUCCUGAAUUUCUACCGCACUGGGAAGCUGCACUAUCCUCGCCACGAGUGCAUCUCUGCUUACGAUGAAGAACUGGCCUUCUUUGGCCUUAUCCCGGAAAUCAUCGGUGACUGCUGUUAUGAGGAGUACAAGGAUCGCAGGCGAGAGAACGCCGAGCGCCUGCAGGACGACGCGGAUACCGACACUGCUGGAGAGAGCACCUUGCCCACCAUGACUGCAAGGCAGAGGGUCUGGAGGGCCUUCGAGAACCCCCACACCAGCACGAUGGCCCUGGUGUUCUACUAUGUCACAGGGUUUUUCAUUGCCGUCUCUGUCAUCGCGAAUGUGGUGGAAACAGUGCCGUGCGGAUCAAGCCCAGGUCACAUUAAAGAACUGCCCUGUGGAGAGCGGUAUGCGGUGGCCUUCUUCUGCUUGGACACGGCCUGCGUCAUGAUCUUCACAGUUGAGUAUUUGCUUCGCCUGGCUGCAGCGCCUAGUCGUUACCGUUUUGUGCGUAGUGUCAUGAGUAUCAUCGACGUGGUGGCCAUCCUGCCUUAUUACAUUGGGCUGGUGAUGACAGACAAUGAGGACGUCAGCGGAGCCUUUGUCACACUCCGAGUCUUCCGGGUCUUCAGGAUCUUUAAGUUUUCCCGCCACUCUCAAGGCCUGCGCAUCCUGGGGUACACACUGAAGAGUUGUGCCUCAGAAUUGGGCUUCUUGCUUUUCUCGCUCACCAUGGCUAUCAUCAUCUUCGCUACAGUUAUGUUCUACGCAGAGAAGGGGUCCUCGGCUAGCAAGUUCACCAGCAUCCCUGCAGCCUUCUGGUAUACCAUCGUCACCAUGACAACACUAGGGUAUGGUGACAUGGUGCCAAAAACCAUAGCAGGGAAGAUUUUUGGUUCUAUCUGUUCGCUGAGUGGGGUCUUGGUCAUUGCUCUACCCGUUCCAGUGAUUGUAUCCAACUUCAGUCGCAUCUACCACCAGAAUCAACGAGCAGACAAACGAAGGGCACAAAAGAAAGCUAGACUGGCCAGGAUCCGGGCAGCCAAAAGUGGAAGCGCAAAUGCUUACAUGCAGAGCAAACGGAAUGGUUUACUCAGUAAUCAGCUGCAGUCCUCAGAGGAUGAGCAGGCUUUUGUUAGCAAAUCCGGCUCCAGCUUUGAAACCCAGCACCACCACCUGCUUCACUGCCUGGAAAAAACCACGAAUCAUGAGUUUGUGGACGAACAAGUUUUUGAAGAAAGCUGCAUGGAAGUUGCAACUGUUAAUCGUCCUUCAAGUCACAGUCCCUCACUGUCUUCACAACAAGGAGUCACCAGCACCUGCUGUUCACGACGACACAAAAAAACUUUUCGCAUCCCAAAUGCCAAUGUAUCAGGAAGCCAUCAAGGUAGUGUACAAGAACUCAGCACGAUUCAGAUCAGAUGUGUGGAGAGAACGCCUCUGUCUAACAGCCGAUCCAGUUUAAAUGCCAAAAUGGAAGAGUGUGUUAAACUAAACUGUGAACAACCUUAUGUGACUACAGCAAUAAUAAGCAUCCCUACACCUCCAGUAACCACACCAGAAGGAGACGAUAGGCCAGAAUCUCCUGAGUACUCAGGAGGAAAUAUUGUCAGAGUUUCUGCUUUGUAAGACAAUUGGAAUAAGGUCUAAGAGAAUUCGAGCCCUGGCUGUGAAAAGAAUCUCAACGUAGAAGAAAGAAGAAACAAUAAAUAUUCUGCAGAUUAAUGCAGCAAAGCAAGAAGGUUGGUAGUGAAACAAAAACAAAGCUUCCAAUCUUAAGGAUGUGAAUAAAACCACCAAAUGGCAUUUCUAGACAGUUUGACCUGUUAUACAGAGUAAUAUUCUGUAGCCCUUUGACUUUGUGAAUGAGCACAAUGAAAUGCCGCCUAUUGAUGCUUCUUAUGAUCAGAACUCUUUUUUAAUAAAAUAAAUAAAAUAAAUCUUUGAACAUAAUGUUCCAGUUGAAUGCAAAACAAAAAAAUAUGGAAAACAUUUUGAUAAAAUUUUUUCCUGUUAAAACCAUGAACAUUGGCUAUGAUGAAGAUUAUUACAUAUGAAAAAAAAAACUCACACAACAUAUUUGUAUUGACUGAAGGAAACCAUCAUAAUGCAUGCUAGAAUUCUUUGAAGCAGUGAUCUCAGUUUCCUUAUGUUGUCUUCAGAAUAGGCAUGAUAAACUAUAAUUGUAGAAAGGGGUAAUUUCUGUGCACUUACAACAAGCUGAGUGUUCAUGUUCCAUGGUGGGCUGUGCAAAUAAACUCCUUUUAGAACUGCAGUAUUUCUCAUGGGGAUGCUCAUUAGUAAAUCUAAAGUGUUCAGAUAGUUCAGUAUUCAUUAUCGUUUAACUUUGCACCUAGAUACUGUUACAACUGCAAUAAUUCGUUGUACAACUGUUGUAUCAGGAAUCAGGAUUUUUUGUUGUUGUACUUUCCAGAUCUUUAUAGAUACAGUAAGAGCCACAUUCGUAGAAAAACUUCUGGUGUGGCUAGGUUUUAGGUAACUUUUUAAUCCAAAACUAUUGUGCCAUAAAUGUUUUUCAAUAAUAUUUUUUGGUCCACUGUAUUCCUGUGACACAGUGCAUUAUCUGUUCUUGUAUUUCUAUAGCACCUCUCUAUUGGGUUUAUCAUCAUCAACAAGACUAAUGUUUACUGUAGUUCAAGUGACUUUCCUACUUUUGUAUUUCCAAAAAAAAUUAUCUUGUAAGUAGAUUGUCAUCAAUCCCCUUGUCGAAAACUAGAAAAAAAGGAGUUGACCCAUAUAAAUUAUCUCUAACGUCUUUGUUGUUUAUGGAAAAGCCCAGAUACUGGAUAUAUCACUAUGUAUUUUAUGAACAGAAUUGACUGGGACUAAUAUCACAGGAUCAAUCAUCUCAGAAUCUUACUUGAUGUAUUAUUUAUUUUGCUUUAGAUCUUGAAUACAUUUUGAGAAUAACUAAUGUGGAUUGAAAUGUAGAGAUAAACUAGAGUGCUUUAUUUAGCAAUAUUUGAUGAAAGCGUGCUUCCUACGCCAUUCAGGAAGGCAGCACAAAUUUAUCUCAGAAAGAUUCCUGUGUAUUGCAAGGUACAAUUUUCUCCAAUAAAUCAGGAGAACAGGAGUUUGAUGAUGCAAAGUUGAUCUCUGUACAUUUAAGUGAAAAGUUUUUAUAACUUUUCACCCUUAAAAUAUUUCAGCAGAUAUGUCUGCACAUGACAGUGUAAAAAAGUUUAAUGUCAAAUGCAAAGUUUUUAUUCAUUCCAAGCCACCACUGUAAGGAAUAAAGCUUAGCUUCUGUACAUGGAAAGAGUUAAUAAUUAUCCCUCUAUUAGAGAUGAGAUUUUUAAGUGCUUAUGAUAUUUAAUCAUAAAAAGGGAUUAAUCCAACCAUUUUCAAGUAAAGCCAGAAAUUCUUGCUUCCCAUUUCUAGAAUAGCUUCUAGAACAGUGCUAUGCACAUAUUAGAUCUUAAUAAACAUUUGCUGAGUGAAAGUAAGAUAAACUCAACUAUCUCUUGGGAAGAACUGGCUUCAUUCCUAGUACAUCUUUUAAAAAGUUACUAAUCUUCCAGCAGUACAAAUAUUAACAAUUAUAUUAACACCUGCCUCAUGUCAGUUUAUGCUUCUAGAGCAAUGUCUAGUGAAACUUAUCUGAUGGCAUUUAUUGAAAACUUUCUAAAAAGUAGACUAAGGAAACCAUUAUCAGAAUUACUAUGUCUUUUGAUUCCCAAUGAGAAGUUCUAUUUUCAUGUUCUUAAUAUUACAUAAAAGAAAAUGCAGUUAUUUCAAUUGACAAUUCUGCCUCCUCUUUUGAUUUAUCACUUACCCAAAAUUAUUAAUUUUAUUAGGCUUUUGGAAAAGAAAAAAAAUUUUUUUGAUGUUUUAGGUGAUUUAAAAAUAUACUGUGUUGGUGGUGAAUGACUAUUGAUGACUGUGUUAAGUGCAUCUGUAUUGUAAGUGAAAUGUAAUUAUUUCUGUGUACCAUAUGGAGUAACUAAGGUCAUUGUUUUUGACAAUUUUGUUUGAAAUUCAUAUAUCUUAUUUCAAAGGAUAGCAUAAUAUCUGCAUUAUGCUGGAAAAAAAUAGACCUUUGGAGAAUACUUAAAUAAAACAUGUGCAUGCUUGAACAGGACAAAA